AUGAAAGCCAAAAAGUCGCGUGCAAAGGCUGUCAAAGUUUCCGUUACCGUCUAUCGCGCUCUUCAGCGGGCUCCUAUGGCUGAACUCAAGAGCAUCGAAGCUCCCUUGGCCAACGAAGUUUCCAGCACGGUUGAUCGACUUGGAGUAAAGGGAGGGAUCACAAAGCUUGAGGUAGGAGAGAAUACCUCGAUGGGAGCACACAUUGGCGAGGAAGGAGCAGAGAUCGAAACUGUAAUCACCGAUGGGCAAGAGCCCCUCCUCCUGCGCAUGCAUUCCAAGGGGGAGGGGAUUCGAUGGGAGCUGUGGGUAGAGAGGUGGAAGAGAGAAGGUUUAGGAGCGGGGGCAGCAGAACAGAAGCAACAGGAAUGCACAAGGACUGCCUUGAGAGACGAGAAGAAGUCGGAGGAGCACAGGAACGUGGGGACUGUCGUGGAAAGGUCGAAGGUUGCGAUUCCUCGAGCGUCUCCUUGCAGUUAUAGGGGACCAAUUGACUCCUUUGACCUCUGGUCCGUGGGCCAGGCGUGCUUGUGGCUACCAUUUGCUUCCACCACAAUUGUGUACUGA